AUAUAAACAAAUAUAUCUUACUUAAAAAAAUGAACUCCUCUGAUUGUUCUUUAACUAUUGAGUUACUUCCUGAAUUCGGUUGGUCUAUCCAUGGCCAACCCAUCUAUGGUCCUGGCUCUGUCUUUCAAGGUUUUGUUAAAUUAAACAUGCAUACACGUCUUCCUGUCGAAAGAGUGCGUCUUGCAUUCUAUGCCACAGAAGCAAUUCCUGCACUUGAAUUUGCUUUAAAUAUCUCGAGAUUCUCCAAAAAGACUUUAUUCAGUAUCCAGAAUACUCUCUGGGACUCAAAAGAGCUCGAUCAUUUGGAUCCAGAUGUUGAUUACAGCUUUCCCUUCACCAUUCAAAUGCCAAUGAUCCAGUUUCCUCCCUCUAUCAGUCAUCGUAAAUAUCAAUCUCUAUUUCAAUUGAUUGCUAUUGUGGAUACACCUACACUCGAUACACCCACCAUUAAAAGUGUGAUGCCUGUCACUUGUAUGCCUUUUGUCGAGACCAGUCUAUUAAAGAUGCCACUCAAGAUGCAUGCUCAAAAGGGCGACUUGUCAGGCUAUGUUCGAAUGGGAGCACAAGAAUUUGUACCGGGUGAUCACAUACCCAUCUCCCUCCACGUGGAAAGCAGCAAAAAGAAAAAGUCCUCCUCUGUCGGCGGAAUGGAGUAUGUCACUGUGCGACUUGAAUUAGUUCAAACCAUGUCCUUUAUUGAAAGAUCCAAUGAAAUCCCAGACCAAACCAAAACUGUUGCCUCCACUACGUCAAAUUUACUGUUAGUGAAAGGUGUUUCUGAUGCUGACUUUGAGAUCAAGAUUCCUGCCGAUAUCACACCCACUUUUGAUUAUGGAAAGCUCGUCAAGGUGUCUUAUAAGUUACAGGUGUCUGUCGAUCAAAAGGGUCCACUGGGUGGUAUCUGGUCCUUGUCAGUAAAUUGGGAGGAUAUUCAUAUUACGAUUGGUACUUUAGGUUAUGGUAUUCGUACUUCCAAUGAACUCAAACUCUAUACUGAAUUUGAAGCUGAAACUCCCACCACCACCACUACCAUGAUUACUGCCACUCCCACACCAAAAUUUAUGAAAAAUAUUGAAUAUGAAGAUGCUUUACCGCUUUAUGAAGAUAGUAAAUUACCCACUUAUGAACAUGCUACCAUUUUAUUAUAAGAGCAGCAAAAUUCCCUCUCUCUAUUACAUUAUACCCUCAUUCCCUAUUAUUCUAUUGUAAAUAAAUAAAUUUAGAUAUUUCCCUAUUAAAA